AGCCCGGCAGCUUGGCUAAGUGAGAGGACUCGCAGCGCGCUAUAGGGCCGGACCGCUGAACCUGCGGCUGCCGCCGCCGCACCGCGCGCCGUGACUCGCGACAUCAGACUCCGACUACCUUUGGCUCGGCUCGCGCGCCCCAGGCCCGGCCCGGGCGGCGCGACUGGAGGAUGAGCGGCGGGCGGCGGAAGGAGGAGCCGCCUCAGCCGCAGCUGGCCAACGGGGCCCUCAAAGUCUCAGUCUGGAGCAAAGUGCUGCGGAGCGACGCGGCCUGGGAGGACAAGGUGCGCGGGGGCCUGGCGAAGGCGCAGGAUGAAUUUUUAGAUGUGAUCUACUGGUUCCGACAGAUCAUCGCUGUGGUGCUGGGUGUCGUUUGGGGAGUUUUACCAUUGAGAGGUUUCUUGGGAAUUGCAGGAUUCUGCCUGAUCAAUGCAGGAGUCCUGUACCUCUACUUCAGCAACUAUCUACAGAUCGAUGAAGAAGAAUAUGGUGGCACCUGGGAGCUAACAAAAGAAGGAUUUAUGACAUCUUUUGCCUUGUUCAUGGUCAUUUGGAUCAUCUUUUACACUGCCAUUCACUAUGACUGAAGGUGUACAGUUCCCACCUGCUCCCUGUCCAGUCCAAAGGACCCUCUUAAUUACAGCAGAAACAUCAUCAUUGGGACACCCCAGCCACAUGAAACCUGGAAGACCCGUGUUUCCUGGACCGAGAAUCAGUGUGUUGGGCGUCAGUGUUUUCUGCAAGGGUCAUGACCUGAAACUUUUUAAAGAAUCAUCUGCCUUUGGGGGAAGCAUUUCUGAAUUUGUCCAUCACCAACUUUCUUCUUGGAUACCAUCAUGUAACAGCUGUUUGCUGAGUGGAGCUGUCAUUUAAUUUGAUGCACCUCUGGAUCGGGAUGAAACAUUAAAUUGUCUUCCUCGGUUCUGCAUCAGGUGUACAGUUUUUAACUAUCAGUGGCAUUUCAAGUCUUCUGAAAACAGUAUGGCAGUAUGUAUGCGGUCGUUAGCACAGUACAAGCAGCAGCUGAUAACAGUUUGCAUUGUAGAAUGUUUUCAGAUACUUGAAUAAAUAAAUCUUUAACUGAGAA